AUGGAGAUCACGACCAUACUGAAUAGAAAAGCCUCUGCCGCCCUUGCUGCCGAUCCCCAUUUACAAGCACAGCUCGCUCAAGCUGUCCAGUUCCACGCUCAGGAAAUGAGUGACCACACAACUUCCCAACCCGGUGACCACACCGUCCUCGGUUAUCCGCCUGGCCAACCUAUGCAUCAAAUGGCCCAUGUGGCGCCUCAAGGAAUGCCUCAUCCAGGAAACGGUGUGCCUCUGAUGCCAAACGCAUACAUGCACGGCGGCUUUGCCCCAAACCCACAACAAAUGGCUCCUGCUCCGCCACCGGUACAACAAACUCGGUCAGGAGCAGAACCAGCUCCUAGAAUUUUUCACUGCUCGACGUGUCAAAAAGGCUUUGCUCGCCGCAGUGAUCUUGCCCGUCAUGAACGUAUUCAUACCGGCGUUCGACCACACGCAUGCGAGUGGCCCGGUUGUGGGAAACAGUUCAUUCAGCGGUCCGCGUUGACAGUCCAUUCGCGUGUUCAUACGGGAGAAAAACCGCACAUGUGCGAGCGCUGUGGGAAGCCAUUCAGUGAUUCCUCUUCUCUAGCUCGGCAUCGUCGAAUUCAUUCUGGCAAGCGCCCGUACAAAUGCCCUUACGCCAACUGCCAGAAAACCUUUACCCGCCGCACCACGCUCACUCGCCACCAGAACCAUCACACUGGGACUAUUGAAGAAGCUGCUGCUCAGACUGAGGCUAGCCUGCGGCAGAACAAGGAACGCGGGACUCGUUCCGAUAAUAUGUACUCAGAGACCGGAUCUGGCCAAUCCACGCCUUCUCCAGGGCAGCAGAUGUCAAUGGGGCUGGGUAGCGAGCUUCCGCCACUGAAUGUGCUCCGUCCUGGUAAUGAGUACUACAUGCCCAAUGGAUCGAUCCCACCGCACGUACGGAGCGACUUCCCACAGGGCAGCCCUCGCGCUUCUCCUGCUGCGACGUCGCCUUCUUUGUCGAGUUAUAGCAGCCACCCACGUCCUUCGAUGACGUCUCAUCCGACUGGUUACGGACCGCCGCAGCCACUCGAGCCUCCAGCGAACAACGACCAUCGACCUGGCAGUGUCACGGGUAGUCCCCACAUGUCGAGUAUGGGCUGGGCGUCCCCAUCCCAUGGUAGCAUUCCCUCUCCGGGGUCUGCGCACGACUACAACUAUCCUGAGCCGAACGGUACAGUGUAUCCAAGUGGAAUGCCUCAGCACAUGUACUUUCCCAACUCGACCAUUCGACGACCAGGCAGCACCGAACCCGAGAACUACGAAAUGAAGCCGAGAAUCGGUGACGCCUGGUCUACGGCUGUUUAA